GUUGCUUCCAACAAUGAUAGCGACUGUUACUAAGCAACCACCCUAUCAGCGUGACAUCGACUUAAUACAAAUCCAAUAAUUCAACCUCGAUCCAAAAGGUUUUUGCCCGAAAAUGUCGAAAGUAAACUCCCGUUUAGCUCUGCAAUCCCUCGUAGUAGUACCGCCUCCUCCCAGUAGGUUCACUUUGAGCGAAUGGCAUCUUCAGAACCGGUACCGGAACCGAAUAUGCUUGGACCAGCUGAGAUUGGCCGAUUCGGUCAUCGCAGAGACAGACAGGAACAUCGAGGAGGUCAACGAGAGGACUGACCUCAAUAAGAGGGAUACUGACCAUAAGCUAGCCGAAAAGAUCAAAGAUAUCGAAUUCAACAAAACUGAAAUCGAAAAACAACGCAAAGAAGUAGUGAAGGAGAUAGAGAAUCUGACCACUUAUAUGGAAAGAAUCAAAGAUGCUCUAAACUCUUUGAAAGAAGAUGCUUUAGAGAUUGUAAGGAAAUGUUUAAUGUUGAGAGAAGGAAGAUUGGGAAUUGAUCUUUGCUGCGAUGGGGUAGAAAAGGAGCUUAAAAAAGAACUCAGAGUUAUAGAAGGUGCUCAAGGCUUAUUGUUAAGAUCUCUGCAACAGGCCAAUGAACAGGUUCGUCGACUACGCUCCACAACUUAUUUCAUGGAUAGAGACUUGGAAGACAAGGGGAAUGUACUAAAAAUUGACAAGCAUAACACUUCUUUAACUCAUACAAGCUUAAAUUUGUCCAUUUACCAUGGAUUCUCACCUUUAGAUCCGUCAACUGUCACUGUUCAGGAAUGGGAGAAAUAUACGACGAAAAAUAUCGAAAAUGGAGCCAAAGAAAUAAACAGCGCCAGGCAACUAAGAUCGUACGUAGAUACCCUGCUGGUACAAGUGAUAGAUGAUCUUAGAUCACAGUGCAACGCAGUCAAUAACGCAUUCAGAAGAAGAAUUGAGGAACUGAAAGAGGCAAAAACGAAGAUGGAAGUACAACAUGCAGAGGUGGCGAGACAAGUGAACGAGAUAACACGGGCCAUCACCCGCCUCGAGAAAUCGAUCAGUGAAAAGGAAGGAUAUAUGGCACUGGCGCAUACAAGAUUAGGAAACAGAGCCCAACGUGCCGGGAUGGAACUCUGCAAAGACACUGUGGGCUUCUCCCUGACGAGCGAAGUAGCUGAACUCCGCUCUAACUUAUCCGGACUACAAUUGAAGAUGAGCGAAGCGCGCGCCUCCAUGAGGUACCUCCUCAAAACUCAGUUGCAGCUCGAAGAAGACAUCAAUAUCAAGACGAACUCCAUCAAGAUCGACGAGGUGGACUGUAUGACACUUAGGCAGGGCAUCGAUUAUCACGCAUAUUGAAAUUCAUUUACAUACAUCGUACAGCACAUGUUUUUUGUAAAUAUACAGGGUGUCCGCAAAGUUGGGGUUUUCCUUUUCAGAAACAACUACCCUUGAAAUAACAAACGUAAUGUGUAGUGAAACGAGGGCGACCAAGUAAAAAAAAAUAAAGGAAAAAGUACUCACUCUCCAGUUGACGAGAAGGGCUAAGUACGUCUCUGCCCGAAAUCAUACCGCUCCAACAAAAUGAAAUCAGCUCAUGCGCUACCGAGCAGACGCCGGCGGUGGUGCAGACCAAACAAAUAAGACGGCGUUUCCGCGUUUUCAGUUUUUAGGUAAACGUACUUUAUAGGUAUUGUUCGAAGUUAUCGCCGUUUGAUUCAAAAACACAGGUGCGUGCACGACGUAGCCAAGCAUCGGUGCAGGCUUUGAGAAUGGAGUCCCUCCCCCAAAUGAAAGCACCAGCUUGUUCAAUUCUGAGACAAAGUUCGUCAACCGUAUGCACUUCAGUUUUGUAGACUAAGCGUUUCAUUUCUCCCCAAAGAAAAAAAUCACAUGGUGUUAAGUCUGGAGAUCGCGGAGGCCACGCUACGGGUCCAUUACGUCCGAUCCACCUAUUCGGAAAUAAUUCAUCCAAAAACUCACGCACUUCGCGUCUAAAAUGGGGCGGUGCACCAUCGUGCAGAAACCACAUUGAUUGUCUUACACUUAAUGGCACAUCUUCUAACAAGGAAGGCAAAAUGUUGCGUAAAAAGUCUAGGUAUUGCAUCCCGUCCAAUCGAUUUGGGAGAAUAAAUGGUCCAAUGAGGAUACCGUUCACCAUGUUAGCCCAAACAUUCACCGAAAAUGUUUGUUGAAAAUGUGCCCGACGGACGGCGUGCGGAUUUUCUACUGACCAAACAUGAGUGUUGCGAAAGUUAUUCACCCCAUUACGCGUGAACGUAGAUUCGUCUGUCACCAAUAUGCAGUUCAAAAAUUCCGGAUUAUUGUCAUGUUGAUGCAACAACCACUCACAAAACCGCACUCUUGCUGGAAAAUCGUCAGGUUGAAGGGCACGUUGGACGUGAAACGGAUACAGCUCCUCUUCACGCAGCGUUUGCCACACUUUAGUUUCUGAUACUUGCACUUCUCUAGCCACGUCUCUAGUGCUUCUUGAGGGAUUCUCGACUACGCGAUUCAGUAGUUCUUCGUCAACUUGCAUCAUUCGUGGUUGUCUAGGCCUCCCACUGUGCCCACCUCGAAAUUCCUCCAAAUGGCCCGUAUCCCUGACUCUCUGAACCAGGUACACAAAUCUGCGGGGCCUUGGAUGAUGUCGUCUAGGGAAACGAUCUGCAUACACUCGCGACGCCUCUGUAGCAUUUUGAAGACAUUCGCCAUAAAUUAACAACAUAUCAACGAGUUCAUUAUUGGUGUAUGAGUGUGCCAUUAUUAUUAUUAUUUUUUUAAACGCAAUCGAUUAUACGGGUUCGUUACCUCUACACGCUUGACCGUAACUGUCGAUUGAAGGUUGUAUACUGACUUGACACACUGACCCCGACCCAGUUCUGUCGUCGGGUUGAGCUAGUGUCCUAGUACCAGUCGGGGAUAUCGCGGGUCGCGGCUACAGGACGGUAUUCAGAUAUGUUUGAUGUUGCAGAGCCCUUUAUCUCGGUUUCCUUAAGACAUUGGUGUAUAUGGUACUAAGAAAAAUUGCUUAUGUUUUGAAGAUCUACACGUCGUGUAAAGGAAAACCCCAACUUUGCGGACACCCUGUAUUUGGAUAUGGAACGAAGCAGUAUGUAUUGUUGUAAACACAUACAUAUGUCUGCAUCUAUUUUACAUUAAAUAUUUAAAAC